UUGCACCUGACUGCCCAUUCGGGGGCGAUCACCGUUUCUCCACAAUGCUUUGGCGGAGAUUUCAACGGACUGGUUGCCUAAUUUUGGCAUGCAUCGUCACGCCGCUUGUUAUUAACAGUCACAGCGGUGCGAUUUUGGGUGACAACCUGCAAGAACAAUAGAUCUGAUCCGACCGAUUUAUAGAUCUCGUCAUUCAGCAUGGGAAAAGCACGCCCACGUUAUAACGAGAAAGCGCGCGCUUCUUCAAGAAAGCCAAAUCAAAAGCCACAUAAGCGGGCGAGAGAUGGCGGUCUUGGUUUCACUGAACAAGACGUCGCACCCGUUCCGAACACCUCAAAGACACCAGGUGAGGAUUCGAAUGCGUUGAUGAUUAUUCCCGGAGAAACGCCCAAAGAGAAAGAACCAGAGCCAGUUCAGAAAACACAAGCUCCCGACCCAAUGAGAUACAUGUCCAAGAAAAAGAGAAAGAAAAUGGAAAAGUACAUUGAACAAAAACUGAAAAAAGAAGCUCGAGUCGGUUUGAUGGAGCAGCUAUCAACGUCUUCGUGGUCUUCCGAUUUACUGAAAUCGUCGAAACUGAUCGGCCGAUCCGGUCAGACUCUGCGAGAACAGCUUCAUCAAGCCAUGUUGGAACAAAAGGCCGGCGUGCCCGUUACCCACUCGGACGUUCCUUUGUUUGUGGAGAAGGAAGUCAGCGAAGAGUUACCUGCCGAAUUAUCGACCGCCGCCGUCCAGAUGACGGUACCCGAUUCAGCAGAGACAGCAAAAACCGAAGUGGUGGCAGGUAGUGCCUUAAAACAAACUGCAGAUGGAGCAGCUCCAUCGUUGGUGAAACGAAAGAGAAAGAAGAAGAAGUCUACUAUUCCGGAAGCGGUGCGAAAGCGUUACAAAAAGAGAAAAGGGAUGGAAUCGGAUAGCUCGUUUGACAGUUCCGAUUCAGAGUACGACAGCGACAGCGAUCACGGUCCCAAACCCGAAGAAUCCUGGAAAUCGCAUUCGGAAAUUGCCAAGGAAAUUGAUGAAGGUCCUACAGCUUUGGAAGAAGUCGUGGAAGCAACCAAAUCUGUUACUGGGCCAGUCAUUCACCAGCAGGAAGAGGUGGACGAGAUCAAGCUUCAGUUACUGAAAAGCAAUAAAGAAGGUGAUCUCAGCACGGAUGCAGCAAAGCAUUUUUAUGUCACUGUCAACCGUCUUCCAGAGGUGCAAGAAGCACGCCUGAAGCUUCCAGUGUGUGGAGAAGAACAGGUUAUUAUGGAAGCUAUUCGCAAUAAUACCGUUGUCAUUAUCUGUGGUGAAACCGGUUCUGGUAAGACCACCCAGGUGCCCCAAUUUUUGUACGAGGCAGGAUGGUCUCAUCCUGACAGCGACAACCCGGGUCUGAUUGGUGUCACUCAGCCACGUCGUGUCGCUACCGUUAGCAUGGCCAAACGUGUCGCUCAUGAACUCAACUUGUCCGAAGACGAAGUAUCCUACCAGAUUCGUUACGAUGCUACAGUUUCCGAUAAGACUCGGAUAAAAUUCAUGACGGAUGGUGUUUUAUUGCGAGAACUGUCGCAAGAUUUGCUGCUGACAAAAUAUUCCACCAUCAUUAUUGACGAAGCCCAUGAACGUAACCUCAACACGGAUAUUCUCAUUGGUGUGGUCAGUCGUGUGUUGAAAUUAAGAGCUGAACUGAGUCGCGAAGACCGACAAAAGAUCAAGCCUUUACGUGUAGUGAUCAUGUCUGCCACACUUCGAGUCACUGAUUUUACGCAAAAUACGACCUUAUUUGCCACACCUCCUCCUGUUAUUAACGUGAAUGCCAGACAGUAUCCUGUAUCCAUCCAUUUUAACCGACGCACACCUGUGGACCACGUAGCAGAAACAUUCAAAAAGGUGUCGAGAAUUCAUGAACGGCUCCCGACCGGUGGCAUCUUGAUCUUUUUAACCGGACAAAACGAAAUCAAUCAAUUGUGUAAAAUGCUUCGUAAGAAAUACCCUGCACUUCCACCCAAGGCAACCAACCAAGAAAAGAAAGACGAGAAAGCAGCUGUCGACAUUGAAAAGAAGUCACUCAAAGCUCCUGCCGGCAAAGUGGAUAUGGAAGAAGAAGAUAUCGAUUUGGGAGAUGAAAAUUUUGAUGAAGAAGACUUUGAACUGGAUUCGGACGAUGACAGUGAUGAUGACUUGGGUUUUGAAGAUGAAGAGUUGGAAGACGUCAAAGAUGCACCUCUGCAUGUCCUUCCUUUAUACUCCAUGUUACCAACCGAAGCACAACUUCGAGUAUUCCAACCGCCUCCUGAAGGCACACGCUUGUGUGUCGUUGCAACCAACGUAGCUGAAACCUCAGUGACCAUCCCCGGUAUUCGCUAUGUAGUCGAUUGCGGCAAAGCAAAGGAGCGCCGAUAUGAUGUUGACACUGGUGUACAGUCCUUUGAAAUCGAUUGGACAUCCAAAGCGGCAGCUGAUCAGCGCGCUGGUCGUGCGGGAAGAACAGGACCUGGUCACUGUUACCGACUUUAUUCUUCGGCUGUUUUUGAUCACGAGUUUGCUCAGUUUUCCACGCCCGAAAUUGACCGUAUGCCGAUUGAAGGUGUUGUGUUGAACAUGAAAUCAAUGAAUAUUGAUAAUGUCGUCAAUUUCCCUUUCCCAACACCUCCACCGAAGGAAAAUCUGUUCAAGGCCGAAAAGCUUCUUGGAUACCUUGGUGCUAUUGAUAAGAAUACCAAACGCAUCACUGAUUUUGGUCAGACCAUGUCCCUGUUUCCUAUUACUCCGCGGUUUGCCAAAAUGUUGAUUAUAGGACAGCAGCAUGGUUGUUUGCCCUACGUCAUUGCUAUUGUGUCCGCUUUAUCUGUAGGCGAUCCAUUUAUUCAGGAUUACCACUUGGAUGAGCAACGACCUGGAGAAAGCGAUAACGAGGACGAUGAUGACCAAGAUAUUUCUCGGAGAGAAUUGCAGAACAUCAAGAAUGAGUCAGUUGCGGACAAGGAAAAACGCAAAUUAGUACGAAGGAAGUAUUAUCAAUCACUCCUGAAACACGCAGGAUUAGAUCCUACAAGCGAUAUCCUGAAGCUUUUGAAUGUCGUGGGCGCUUAUGAGUAUGCCGGUGCUACCGAGAAAUUUUGUGAAGAUAACUUUUUACGUAUCAAGGCCAUGGAAGAGAUUCGCAAACUCCGACGCCAAUUGACCAAUAUGGUGGUUUCAAAUUUCCCUGGCGUUGACCUGUGUGUGGAUCCCAAAAUGAAACCUCCCAGCUCGCUUCAGCUCAAGGUACUGCGACAAGUGAUUUCUGCAGGGUUCAUUGACUGCGUUGCGAUUCGUGCCGAUGUGCUUGAAACCGGCGGUGGCAAGGGGUUACGUUUCAAGAAUGCACGCAACGUUCCUUAUAAACUGAUGUGGAGCGAUGAAGAAGCGUUUAUCCAUCCCAAUUCCAUUCUUUAUAAUCAAGAACCACCGGCCGUGCUUGUGUAUAACGAACUGUUCAAAGGCACCAAAACCUGGUUAAAGGGGGUCACCACGGUCGAAUCGAAAUGGCUAUGCAAAAUUGGCAAAGAUUUAUGCACCUUUGGGCGACCACUCGAUUAUCCGUUGCCAAGAUUCGUUGGCGACAAAAAGGAUCGGAAAAUUUGUUACGUGGUGCCGAGUUUUGGACCCAAGGGUUGGCCAUUGGCACCUGUCGAAGUCGAACAACGUCGGGAAGGUACCCGAUGGGUUAUGCAAUUAUAACCAUUUUACGCCUGAAAAAUAUUUUUUCAGAGAAAAAAAUUCCCACCCAAUAAACAAGAGCAUGACAUUGUACAUUUACAGCAUUGUAUGCGUUCAUCUUGCUUGGUUCCUGUUUGUUGCGUAGCCAGGAAUGGCGUCAUCAGAGGGGUUUUUGCACUUUCUUUUUUUUUGCAGCAUAAAAAGCACUUUACCUGACUCGUUGUCUCACUUUCCU